AUGUUGGGACCGGAAGGCCAGUCUCACCGCCGCAUCGUGAGCCUUCUGGACACCCCGAUCCUGGACCUGGAGGCAUACAGAUUCCUGCACUUUGCCGAAAACCAGCUCAAGGACGAACCCGAGUUUCUCGACAGGGCUGCCGAUGUCGCCCGCGAUGUAUUGGAGAUGCCUUCACGGCUCGACUCAUGCACACAGCAAAACGAAGGAGGUGCCCGCUGCUGGAUGGUGACUGAAGCGGAAGAGCUGAACAAGUUCCUGAAGCCAUUCGGCGUGGAAUUCAACGAACUGCGCGAAGGCAGCCUGGACCUCAUAAUGACCCAUAAUGAUCCCGUGGCUCCCUACGACCUCAAAGCUGUGCUUCUAUGCUUGGCUACAUUGUGGUUUCUGCACGAGCGCCGCUGUUUCUCCGGCGUCAGCCUAAACGUGUUAGGGCUGGAUCGCUUUCGCCCGGGGCAGUUCCUGCAGCACAUCACGGUCGCCAAGUGGGUCGUCCCGGUCCACCUGAUCGGCUUCGAGGAGCUCCGGUUCAGAAUGUUCUCCAUGCUUCGGGUACUCGACCAAACGGAGCUGUUGACGCACCUCACCCUCGACAGGGCUGUUCUGCCGUCUUGUGGAAAUCGUAGUAUCUGUGGCGGGCUGGCAGUCACCAUUGGCAGAGGUAAACAGGGCCCGGACGAGUGA